CGAGUCGAGGAAAAAAGAAGCGACAAAACGACGGGAGAAAAGUCAUAAGGAGGCGAGAAAAAUCGAUUGAUUUUUCUCCUGGAAACCCGCAACGAUUCGAAGUUUGUAAGAUAUUUUCCUUUUCCACUUGCUGAAACUGCGAGGAACCGUGUUCGGAUUGUGAGCUCCCAGUAUCAGGUGCUUCCGACGAGCUGCAGUAAUUGUCGAAGUCGGGCGGAUUUAAGGCAUUGCAGCAGAUUCCAAGUUUUUACUCUUUUCUUUCACGAAUUGCAUGUGUGGAAGUGAAAUUUUAGGGCGUCAAAAAUAAUAGUGAUUAUCAUCAUCGGUGGGUUGACGUGCUAUUUUCUGGGAAUUGGGGAAGAUUAUCAUCCGAAAGUAGCGGAUACAAGUGGACAUACGAAGAAAUUCUUGUCGUUCCAAGCGGAAGAAAACAAGAGGCUAUUGAUUAAGGCCUUUAGAGAAGGGGAGCAGCAGGGUUCAAAAGAAAUCGUACAAGGGGGCUGGGGUAACCCCCUCUUUUCCUGUCCUGGGCGCUGCUGAGUUGGAUAUUUGCGCAAUUGACUGAUAAAUAAUUACUAGCUUUAUUGCACUGCAUAAAAGAGUGCAGAAUCGUUUCGAAAAAUUCAAAUAGACGAACCGGAAAAGGUCUCAAAAUGGCACCGGUGCGGGGUGAUGGAAUGCGCGGAUUGGCCGUGUUUAUCUCGGACAUUCGAAACUGUAAAAGCAAAGAAGCUGAGAUCAAACGUAUCAACAAAGAGCUGGCCAACAUACGGAGCAAGUUUAAAGGUGACAAAACGCUGGAUGGGUACCAGAAGAAAAAGUACGUCUGCAAGUUGCUUUUUAUUUUUCUUCUGGGCCAUGACAUCGAUUUCGGCCAAAUGGAAGCCGUCAAUCUGCUGUCCUCUAACAAAUACUCCGAGAAGCAAAUUGGCUACCUGUUCAUCUCGGUGCUGGUAAAUACCAACAGCGACCUGAUCAAACUGAUUAUCCAGAGCAUCAAAAACGACUUGCAAUCCCGCAAUCCGAUUCAUGUUAAUCUAGCGCUUCAAUGUAUUGCAAACAUCGGUAGCCGCGAUAUGGCCGAAGCUUUCUCGACCGAAAUCCCCAAGCUACUCGUGUCCGGCGAUACAAUGGACGUUGUAAAGCAGUCGGCCGCUCUCUGUUUGCUGCGCUUGUACCGUACUUGUCCGGAUAUAAUCCCAGGUGGGGAAUGGACUAGCAGAAUUAUCCAUCUGCUCAAUGAUCAGCAUAUGGGUGUCGUUACGGCCGCAACUAGUCUUAUUGACGCCUUAGUUAAGAAAAAUCCAGACGAAUACAAGGGCUGCGUAAGUUUGGCUGUUUCGCGUUUGUCUCGAAUCGUUACUGCAUCCUAUACCGAUCUACAAGACUAUACGUACUACUUUGUUCCGGCACCAUGGUUGUCGGUGAAACUACUCCGUCUGUUGCAAAACUACAAUCCACCAACUGAAGAUCCCGGUGUUCGUGGUAGGUUGAACGAAUGCCUUGAAACUAUUCUGAACAAGGCUCAGGAACCACCGAAAAGCAAGAAGGUGCAGCACUCCAAUGCUAAGAAUGCCGUUUUGUUUGAAGCAAUCAAUCUUAUUAUUCACAACGACAGCGAGGCCAAUUUGUUGGUUCGAGCCUGUAAUCAGUUGGGUCAGUUUUUGAGCAACCGAGAAACAAAUCUACGGUAUUUGGCGCUGGAAUCUAUGUGCCACUUGGCAACUUCAGAAUUUUCACACGAAGCAGUCAAGAAACAUCAGGAGGUGGUGAUUUUGUCGAUGAAGAUGGAAAAGGAUGUUUCUGUUCGCCAGCAAGCAGUUGAUCUAUUGUACGCCAUGUGUGAUCGUACUAAUGCCGAGGAAAUCGUUCAGGAAAUGUUGAAUUAUCUUGAAACGGCAGAUUAUUCGAUUCGAGAGGAAAUGGUGCUGAAAGUGGCAAUUUUGUCAGAAAAAUACGCUACCGAUUUCACCUGGUACGUGGAUGUUAUAUUGAAUCUAAUACGAAUUGCCGGUGAUUAUGUAUCAGAAGAAGUCUGGUAUCGCGUCAUUCAGAUUGUAAUCAAUCGCGAAGAAGUACAGGGUUAUGCCGCAAAAACCGUAUUUGAAGCCCUUCAAGCUCCGGCUUGUCACGAGAAUAUGGUAAAAGUUGGCGGAUAUAUACUGGGCGAAUUCGGUAAUUUGAUUGCAGGAGAUUCUCGAUCAGCUCCAAUGGUGCAGUUCAAAUUGCUUCACUCGAAAUAUCAUCUAUGCUCAUCGAUGACUCGAGCGCUGUUACUUUCAACUUACAUCAAGUUUAUCAAUCUGUUCCCGGAGAUUCGCUCCACCAUCCAGGAUGUGUUCCGACAGCACAGUAAUCUCCGUUCGGCCGAUGCAGAACUUCAACAGAGAGCUAGUGAAUAUCUGCAGCUCAGCAUUGUAGCAUCGACGGAUGUUUUGGCCACCGUUCUGGAAGAGAUGCCCUCGUUCCCUGAACGCGAAAGCUCUAUCUUAGCUGUACUGAAGAAAAAGAAACCAGGUCGAGUACCGGAAAAUGCAGAAAUUCGAGACAACAAAAGCCCGGUUCCUAAUGCCCACAAUGCUCAUACUGCUCAAAUCAACCACACAGCUGGAACUCUCAACAACUCAAAUGCCAGUUCAGAUCUCCUGGGGCUGAGUACACCUCCUUCAUCACAAUCUCAAUCCGGUACACUCAUCGAUGUGCUCGGUGAUAUUUACAGCAGCACCAAUGGCACCAGCAAUGUUAUUAACAAUGCCAAGAAAUUCUACUUCAAAAACAAUGGCGUUCUGUUUGAAAACGAUCUUCUGCAAAUAGGAAUCAAGAGCGAGUUCCGUCAAAACCUUGGAAGACUUGGUUUAUACUACGGCAACAAAACUCAAACGGCAUUGCAAAAUUUCGUGCCGACCCUGCAAUGGUCACAGGAGGAUGCACUAAAACUGAACGUUCAAAUCAAGGCCGUGGAACCAACACUUGAGGCCGGAGCCCAAAUUCAACAGCUUUUGACGGCCGAAUGUAUCGACUGCUACUGCGGUGCUCCGUCGAUCAUAAUCAACUUCCGUGUAAGUGGAGGAGCGCCACAGAAGAUAACGGUCAAUCUACCACUUACAAUCAACAAGUUCUUCGAGCCAACCGAAAUGACUGGUGAAUCUUUCUUCUCGCGAUGGAAAAACCUCGGCGGUGAACAACAGCGUGCCCAACGAGUGUUCAAGGCGCAGCAACCAUUGGACCUGCCAGGGGCACGGAACAAGCUGAUGGGCUUCGGUAUGCAGCUGUUGGAAGGAAUUGAUCCGAACCCGGACAAUAUGGUGUGCGCCGGCAUCAUCCACACUCAGGCUCACAAGGUUGGCUGUCUUUUGCGCUUAGAACCGAACAAGCAGGCACAGAUGUUCCGCUUGACUAUCCGAUCCAGCUUGGAGAAUGUGACGAAAGAAAUGUGCGAUUUGUUGGUUGACCAAUUUUAAACAAGCACUGAAUUCAUAUUCUCGACUAAGGUAACACGUUAGAAUGAAACUUUCGUCGAGUUUCGUAUCCUUUUGUUGUAAAAUAUGCUCUGGUAGUAAUGUUGUUUAGAAAAACUAGUAUAGAAACAUCUUUCCUCCUCCGGGGAGGAAAUAUGUGCAUGCGAUUAAGUCGGUUGAGAAAUUUCAAGGGAGAAACAAAACGCAACGUAACGUGUAUAAAGCAAAAACAAAAAAAAACAAUUUCACAUCGUUAAUGCAAUAUGCACUUGUACAGAGACACGAGUGCGAAAAGGGAUGAAUUUAGCUGACCCUGACCGAGCAAAUGCACCGCUAUGCGAGAAUUUGUGUAACUGAGAAGAUGAAGUAUAACUAGUAAACUAGUAAUAAAUAACAUAUGCUGAUUAAAUAUGUUGAACCAUUUACGAGAAACCUAUGUAUCGGUGAUGACGGCUAUUUAGAGAGUCAGAAAAGAAAAAAAAAUGUCUCGUCCGGCGAUAACGACCGACAUGACAAGCUUAUGACGCUAGUUAGCCGCCUUCAAUUCCGGUGGUAAAUUUGCAAAUCGAGCAGGCUAGGAGACGUGGAAGUAAUCAACAAACACUAGCGAUAACGUUUUACUGGAAUUCUUUUCUUUCUAUUUCUCUUCCGACAUGAGAAAGCGAAAAUGUGUUAUGGUUAGAACAAACAUAUUGUAAUAAUUAUAAUGAUACCGAAUAAUCCCUGAUAGUUGUCAAAAGAAAAAAAAAAACACUAAAAGUUAAAACCUUAUUUUGAAUACGAGUUGGUUUAGUUUUACUAGAUAAAAGUAUGGUUCGAAAAGUAAUCUCACUUAUAGUAGACAUUAAAAACAACACAGACAGAGGUUAAAUUCACAUAAAAAUGGAUAAUACAAACUAAUGAAAAUAUAUAGUCUAAAACAUAGGGGAGUAGAUAUUAGCCGCUGACAUUCAAAUCUAAACCUGACGUUAUAAUAAUAGUACAUAGAUUUCAUCGACCAUCUUAAAAACAUGUAACAGGAAAAUCACACUCGGAUGAAUUGUUGGAACAAUGAAUUGACGAAUUUCAAAUCAAAACAGUCACCUGAUUGCACAAAAUCGCAUUCCUUUAAAUUUAUUUUGAACCUUGACCUUUUGUUCUGUAUUAACCAAAAAUAUUAAUUAUUUGGAAUGAAUUCAGUAGCUUCAGACCAACUCUCUUUAGCUUCAAGACUCUCGAACUAUUGAUAAUAUUUUCAUAACUCAUCAAGCGUAUAUGUACUAAAAUAUUAUCGUUAUUAAUAUAUUAUGUUAUAUUUGUAUAUCGUGCUCACGUUAUUUCCUGCCUUCAUUCGCUUUCUUUUGAUCUGCGCGUAUAAAAAGGUAAAAAAAAUGUAAAACAUAAAAUGCAAACGAAAGGAACAAAUAAAAAGAAGAUCGCAUAAUCUUUACGGAUUCAAAACUGAUAUGUAUAUUAUUGGUAGUUUAACAUCCUCAUUAUGCGCUAAGAAGAAAAGGCAGACAAAUGUUUGAACAAAACUCACAUCUACAUAAUCAUCCAUGCUAUUGCUGAUGUCCUACAAAACUGAUACAAUUUAACGAAUAAUGAACAAAGUGUCCCCCGAUUGUGGAACCUAGUGUCCCUGUUAUCUUAUUCUGAUUGUGUUUUGAGAAUAAUAGAUGAGCAUAAAAAUAAACCAAUCAUCGAAGGGCCUGUUUAUGUAAAUUAUAUAAAUAUGAAACAGAAAACAACAUCUAAACAUUAAACAAAAAGACGUUAGUAAUCCGCAGCGGAAUAACAAAAAUGAUGAUUACUCUAAUAUGAUGCUAUAUAAUUCAAAUGUAAUACCAUAACUACGAGAAUAAGAGAAACGAGAAAAUAUAAAAAUGGUUAUUCAGUGAUUAAA